AUGAUGAGUAGCGGAGCAUCGAAGCGUAGAGAUGCUGCCAAUUCAAAUACUGUCGCUCACUCUUCAUUGCUUCAAAGACUACUGCUGACUCUUCUGGCCACAUGCUCUACGGUAUUAGCAGCUUCGAUAUCACAAGAAAGUGCAGACUCUCCAUCCCUUUCUAAACGAUUCCGACCUAACCCGCAUAGCGACAAUAGUCAUCGUCGUCGCCAUGAUUUAAACGUCAAAAAAGUAUCUGCCACUGGCAUUUCCAAAGUAAACUCUCUUCGUCUUACCAAGGCUUCAGACGACUGUAUUGUCGAUCCAACGGCAAUAGCAUGCAGGUCAUACAAAUACCCAUCAGAAAAUAUCACUCAGAACUUGAAUGCAUUGUGUGGGUCCAUGCCAAAUAUGCCAGGUUGCAGUAUUCGUAAAUCAUGCACACAGUUGCCAACGUCAAAAAAGUGGUUUUGUAAGGAGUUUAGUUUACUAGCUGAUAUUUGUGCUGCAGACAUGUCAGGCAUGCGAGACUGUAGCAACUAUGUCAAGAUGUGCAAGACUGGAACAUUGGUGAAGCAGUGCUAUGACGAACCUCCAAUUGCAUACCUUCCAACAACUAAACACGCCAAGCAGCUUGUGUUGGACAUUUGCUCCGACAUGUACAUGACUGGAUGCGAAACAUGCCAGCCAGAAAGUAUGUGUUUUGGAUUUGAUGUUUAUGGCAGCCUAUGUUUGAGCAUGCCAGAUAUGCCUCAGUGUAAUGAAUGGAAACGCAUGUGCAGUAAAGAGCCCAUGGUACAUAUUUGUCCCUUGGAUUCACCUGAACGUGAUCAUGGCCAAAAUGGGUCACCAGGCGAUACGAAUCAUCGCUUUGGUCCAACGAUGAAAAUGUAUUUUCAUUUUGGCUACAGCGACUACAUUUUAUUUGAUUCCUGGGUUCCGCGAUCUACCUUUUCAUAUGCUUUAGGAUGCUUGUUUUGUUUCCUUUUAGCAAUAGGUUACGAGUUUCUUCUUGUGGUUGGAUCUGGAUUAGACACAGCAUGGAAAAUGGUAGAGUCGAGCCGACACAGCAAUGAUGUAGGGUUAGGCGACACAUUGGAAUUGCCCAUGUCUGGAAGCGAUCAUUCGUUUGGCCUAUAUAGGUCUCCCAUGGAAAAUCCCAAUAUCAGUGUACUCAGUGACGACACGCCAUUGCUAAGACCACGCAGUCGGAUUACUGGAAAAAGGCGAACAUCGCUGAAUAUUUCUACUCAUCCAAAACUGCAACCAAACCAUGAGUCGCAGAAUUUGCCUUUAUGUCCUACAACGGAUCUGACUGAUCAAAUCGAUAUGGGUCCUGAUGGAGAAGAGGAAAGCGUGUUUGAUCAUAGUAUGAGCGAAUCUUCCAGUCAUAUACAUCAGCGUGUGAUCUCACACGGAAAUACAAGCCAGGCUGCAGGGUUAUCAGAUUUUCUGCAGCAUCACUCGGGAGAUAUUUCCCAUCAUUCAAACCAACACACGCCAACACAAUAUCUCUCACGCCUAUACACAAAAAAGUGGACGCAUUUACAGAUGCGAAUUGGUCGUGCGCUGAUUCGUCUCGUCACAAUUACACUUGCAUAUAUCUGCAUGCUGUUGGUCAUGUCGUUUAACGUUGGAUUGUUUUUAUCUGUCGUUGUAGGACUGGCGGUUGGCAAGUUUAUGUGGAGUCAUGAGGCAUAUGGUGUUGGAGGCAAUAUUCCCUUCAAUAGUGAUAAUUUGGUUGAAAAGGAGCACUGUUGCUAAAAUAGGGUUUUAGCAGUUUGGUAUAAUGGUUUGGAGUUGUCAAAUAGAAUAGCUGAAACCAGUCAGAUGCAUAUCUUUGCGUAUGCUCUAGUCUACAAUUUCAUUCACAAGCAUGCCAUGACGAGAUAAAAUCCGUGUUUCUUUACGUGCACCUUUUUCAGCGAGGUUUAUCUACUAAAAUAAACUUGAAUGCCAG